UAGGCGUGAAAACAGAGAACUUCGAACCAACGGCAGUAAACAAGCCAAGAAAUACAGACAAAGGGAGAAAGAGGGUGGGAGAGAGAGAGAGAGAGAGACAGAGAGACAGAGAACUAAAACCGAAGAAUGUUCUCGAAGCAGAACCUGAGAACAACCGGUAAGGAAAGGGACUAGCAGACCACUGAGAGGCACGUAGUGUGAACAUGCCUACGAACUUCACAGUAGUCCCUGUGAGAGACGGCAGGAAGCCCCAGGAAGACGAGGAUGACGACAAUGUCUUCAGGGAGGAAGAUGAAGAUGCCCCCUUCCCAGGUGAUGGCAUGCCAAAGGAAAACAGUCCGUUCAUCAACAACACAGACCAUGACAAAGGGAGUCUAUACGAUGGGAAGAACCUGGCUCUCUUUGAGGAGGAGAUGGACAGCAAUCCCAUGGUGUCCUCGCUGCUCAACAAGCUGGCCAACUACACCAACCUCACCCAGGGCGUCAAAGAGCACGAGGAGGCAGAUGAUGAUGAAGGGUCAGCUAAAACAAAGAAGCCAGUCAAGAGUCCAGCUUUGGGCACGCUAAUCGGUGUAUACCUGCCUUGCCUGCAAAACAUCCUGGGGGUCAUCCUUUUCCUGCGUCUCACCUGGAUCGUGGGCACAGCUGGCAUCAUGGAGGCUUUGGCCAUCGUCUUCAUGACCUGCUCAUGUACGAUGCUGACAGCAAUUUCAAUGAGUGCCAUUGCUACAAAUGGUGUGGUUCCAGCUGGGGGCUCCUACUACAUGAUCUCCAGGUCGCUGGGCCCAGAGUUUGGCGGGGCUGUGGGGCUCUGCUUCUACCUGGGGACCACCUUCGCCGGCUCCAUGUACAUCCUUGGUACGAUCGAGAUUUUAUUGACCUACAUUGUUCCUAGUGCAGCCAUCUUUAAAGCAGAUAAGAAGGAGGAUGAGCCAGAAGCGCUGUUGAACAACAUGCGGGUUUACGGCACCUGCUGUCUCACUUUAAUGUCCUUGGUGGUGUUUGUGGGAGUCAAAUAUGUGAACAAGCUGGCCCUGGUCUUCCUGGCCUGUGUCAUACUCUCCAUCCUGGCCAUCUACGCCGGAGUCAUCAAGAGCGCCUUCGAACCGCCGGACUUCCCCGUAUGCCUACUGGGGAAUCGCACGCUGAAAAACCAUAACUUCGACCACUGCCUGAAAACUAUGGAGGUGGACAACGUGACGGUCACUACUAAGCUUUGGUCCCUGUUCUGUGACUCGCCGUACCCCAAUGCCACAUGUAACAAGUACUUCGAACUCAACAACGUCACAGAAAUCCAGGGCAUCCCUGGCCUGACCAGCGGGGUGAUCCGAGAUAACAUGUGGGGGGAUUAUGGUCCUAAUGGUAUGCUAGUGGAGAAAAAGGACCAGCUGUCAGUGCCGGCUUUAGACACCUCCCAGGACAUCAACAUGCCUUACGUGGCCAACGACAUCACCACCUUCUUCACCCUGCUGGUCGGCAUCUACUUCCCCUCUGUCACAGGAAUCAUGGCUGGAUCUAACAGAUCUGGUGAUCUGAGGGAUGCCCAGAAGUCCAUCCCCAUUGGAACCAUCAUGGCCAUCGCCACAACCACCUUCAUCUACAUUAGCUCUGUGGUACUGUUUGGCGCCUGCAUUGAGGGAGUGGUGCUCAGAGACAAGUUUGGAGACUCCGUCAAAGGGAACCUGGUGAUUGGCAUCCUUGCCUGGCCUUCCCCCUGGGUGAUUGUGAUUGGUUCAUUUUUCUCCUGCUGUGGUGCCGGUCUGCAGAGUCUCACUGGAGCCCCACGGCUGCUACAGGCUAUCGCACGAGACGGCAUCGUGCCGUUCUUACAGGUGUUUGGUCAUGGAAAGGCUAAUGGAGAACCCACCUGGGCCCUGCUCUUGACCGCUGGGAUCUGUGAGAUCGGCAUUCUCAUCGCCUCUCUGGACGCUGUGGCCCCCAUCCUCUCCAUGUUCUUUUUGAUGUGCUACUUGUUUGUCAACCUGGCCUGUGCCCUCCAGACACUGCUCCGUACCCCCAAUUGGAGACCCCGCUUCAAGUUCUACCACUGGGCCCUCUCCUUCCUAGGUGCCAGUUUAUGUCUCUCCCUCAUGUUCAUAUCCUCUUGGUUCUAUGCCCUGGUGGCCAUGCUCAUCGCUGGCUGCAUCUACAAGUACAUUGAAUACAGAGGGGCGGAGAAAGAGUGGGGCGAUGGUAUCCGUGGGCUGUCCCUGAACGCUGCCCGCUACGCUUUGAUCCGACUGGAAGAGGCGCCGCCACACACCAAGAACUGGAGGCCCCAGCUGCUGGUUCUGCUCAACCUGGACUCAGACCAUGUGGUGAAGCACCCCCGUCUGCUCUCCUUCUGCACCCAGCUCAAGGCAGGGAAAGGCCUGACCAUCGUCGGCUCUGUGCUGGAGGGCACCUUCAUGACCAAGGAGGCUGAAGUCAAGAAGUCUGAGCAGAACAUCAAGUCGUCGAUGACGACGGAGCGUACCAAGGGAUUCUGCCACGUGGUGGCAUCGUCCAACCUGCGGGACGGCUUCUCCCACCUGAUCCAGUCGGCCGGCCUAGGUGGCAUGAAGCACAACACAGUCCUCAUGGCAUGGCCCGGGACCUGGAAGCAGGCCACCGACGCCGUGUCCUGGAAGAACUUCAUAGAAACGGUGCGCGAGACCACGGCGGCCCAUCAGGCCCUGCUAGUGGCGAAGAACGUGGACAGCUUCCCCACCAAUGCGGAGCGCCUGGGCGAGGGCACCAUAGAUGUUUGGUGGAUUGUCCACGACGGGGGGCUGCUCAUGCUGCUGCCAUUCCUCCUCCGACAGCACAAGGUUUGGAGAAAGUGUAAGAUGCGUAUCUUCACCGUGGCAAAUAUGGACGACAACAGUAUUCAGAUGAAGAAGGACCUUCAGAUGUUUCUGUAUCACCUCCGUCUGGACGCUGAGGUGGAGGUGGUGGAGAUGCAAGACAGUGACAUCUCAGCCUUCACCUAUGAGAAGACCCUGGUGAUGGAGCAGCGCUCUCAGAUGCUCAAACAGAUGCAGCUGUCCAGGACGGAGAGGGAGCGAGAGAUUCAGAGUAUCACUGACGAAUCACGUAGCUCCAUCAGGAGGAAGAACCAGACUGGAGCCUCUUGCUCGGAAUCGGGCCCCAGUCGACCCCUGCAGGAAACACAGGAGGAAGAGGCUCAGUUGAUCCAUGACCGAAACACCGCAUCUCACGCCGCGCUCAACGAUAAGGCCGACACCGGCCCCGACCGGGUUCACAUGACCUGGACCAAGGACAAGUUCCUCACCGAGCGCAACCGCAACCGUGCUGAGGCAAACAUGGGCGUGCGUGACCUUUUCAAUAUGAAGCCAGAGUGGGAGAGCCUGAACCAAUCCAACGUGCGCCGCAUGCACACGGCGGUCAGGCUGAACGAGGUGGUGGUCAACAGGUCCCAGGGUGCACACCUAGUCCUCCUCAACAUGCCCGGACCGCCCAAGAACAGAGGGGGUGACGAGAACUACAUGGAGUUCCUGGAGGUUCUGCUGGAGGGUCUCAACCGGGUCCUCCUGGUCCGUGGGGGCGGACGUGAGGUCAUCACCAUCUAUUCUUAAACGGUUGUGCCCCCGCGAAACCGAGCACAGGCCGACGCCACAACGUUACGCGGCAUUUUGGGACAAAAAUAACCUUGGGGUUGCCGGGAGAUUGUUGGAUGGGGGGGGCCGUGUUAUUGGACAUUGGACUUCUUAGCCUUCAUGACCAAUCGGGGCUGUGUGUCAUAGCGUCACCCUGAUUGGUGGAGAGAUCGUGGGUGUGUUUGAGGCCUACAUUUCGUGGCGACGUCUGGAGGAUGGAGCAUUCUGACACUUUAACUUUUAAUUUGACGUGUGUUGAUGUCUAUUUUGUGGAUUUUAUUUAAUUUGUACCUCUUCCCCCUGACUGUCAGUGUUAACUUUUCAUGUCUGUUUGUGGCCAUUCAUUAUAAUCCAAUUCAUGUUAAUGCGGUUCCCGAAAUGGCACACUAGUACCUGUACACUUCACUACUUAUGACCGUAGCCUGAUUGGCCCUCAUCUAAAGUGCGCUAUGUAGGGAAUAGGGGGCCCUUUGGACCCAGUCUUUCAUAGCUCAUUUUGUUCUGCUUUUGCAAGGGAAUGUUUGCCAGGUCCAAGCCCAAAGGUCCGUUAGAACCCACGGUGGCAGCACGACCCCUCCCCACAAAAUGUCUAUCCCAGAAGUUGUUGUUUUAGUUUUCUGGGCCCUUUGUUGGCCCUUUUUUAAUGAAGGUGAGGUCAAAUGUCAACAUACUCUGUCCCAUCGUCACUCCCUUCUUUGUCCGGAAAUACUUACACAGAAGUUGUAACUUCACUCCAAACGGAGGAAGUAAGGAAGUCAGAUAACUGGAUGACUAGACUCACAAUGACUAGAAAAAAGGUUAGGACUAGAUCGAAAUAAUGAUUUAAUUUAUUUUCAGGGGUGGGACAGUGGUUAGGCCAAGGGUUUGAAGGUGCAAUAUGUUGCUUUUAUUUAUAUGUUGCAGACAUUUCACUAAGCCCUGAAAAGCCAAAGAUGGUACAUACUGGGGUUCUCAUAAAUGGGACCUGUGGCUCUGUAGCCCUGUUAGUAAAUGAAAUCUGUUGGGAAAUAGCCAUAGUAUAUAUCCUAUUACUUAGCUCAUGUUAACUAUGUUAAAUACAGGGUUGUGAUAAUUGGAAUAUGUGUGUAUGGGUGCCGGGAAUGAAAAUAUUUUAUUUUUUUCCAAAGAUCCUACCUUCAUUACAUGCAUGUGCUCUUUCACAGCUUUACAAAAUGGUGAACAGCAUGGGCUAUCAAAGUAUUUCAUGUACCAGGUCCCAUUUAUUUCCUCCAUCAACACAUAGGACGAAAAUGAGCUGGUUAGAGACUAGCUGAAUGUCAGCUAAUCACCAAUUAAUGAGUUUGUCAGCCUUUCUGUGACCCUCCAUCAAUGAUGUCGCUUGACAGUUGGAACAGAGGGAGAUGUGCUGGUUGGAGUCAUUAUCUGCUCGGCCUAGCCACAUUUUUUUUUUAUCAAGCUGUCGUUAAAGGUCACUGUUUUGCUUCAUCUUCGAUGUAGAGCAAAGUGCUGCAGUGACACUGUCAACUGUUCCAUUCAUUGCAUUGCUUGGCUGGGAUAAUAGAAGGGUUUAGUGUAUCAUCUCUGAACAGUCAUCUCAAUUACUAAAAUGUAAAUGGCAGCAAACCAAGAUACUGUACUGGAGGACAAUAUACUCUGUUUCUCAUUGUGAAAAAGCUCUGUCCCAUGUUGUGGUUCGACAUAAAGGUUUUCUCUCUCUGGAGAGCAGAAACGGAGUUACUGAAAACAUGCUGUCUCAUAGAGCAAGCAUAGAGGACCAUGUGGUCAUUAUGAAUCAGUUGUUUUAUGUCUUUGCGUUAUAUAUUUGUUUUUAAAUGCCACAUGAAUGUUCUUUAGGUUCCCCAUGUAAUCAUUUUGAUGUAUUUGUACAGGAACAAACGUGCCAAAAAGACUGAGACCUAAUGGGUAAUUCGUGCUCAUCAAUGUCAGACAAAUUGUACACACGCAGUCAAACAUGCUUCUAGAGCAGGGGAAAAAGCACCAUCACCUAUAGAUUGUAAAUACAAUAUAAAGAUGUUAUUAAUACCUAAUGCUUUGAAUUGGAGACACACGUUUGGACUCAAAUUCAUUAUUUUUAAUGAGCAAAAAUUUGUUGUCAGUUACAAAAUAAGUUCAUGUUAGACUGCCUGUCCACUGGGAAGGGAAUGACCUCUGUGAAUUCUGAGGCACAUUAACUCUAGUUGUAUACGCAGCAGGCGCCAAGUAUCGGAUAAUGUUGUGGUCAAAGAAAGGACUCGCUCACAAAGCUCUCCUGUACACAGUUAACCAAUUCCUGGAGCUUUAAAUAUAUUCCCUGUUUUUUCUAAAAAUGCAUUUUUGAGGAUUGUCUGAAUAAAAAAAGAAUAAAGAGGGAACCCAGUAGCAUUUCUGGAAAACAAGGGAAUUUAUUGAAAGUUCCUGAAAUGUUGCAAUCCUACACCUGCAUAUACCUCCAAAGUUUGAUCUGAACCUUUUCGUAGCAGUGCAGUAUUUUAUAACCAGAACAUUGUAUUUUUCUACAGUGUGUAGUGAACAAACGUCUCUGUUGCUUUAAAGUCGACCAUCAUUUAGACAGCAUUCUGUCUCCCGUGUGUGGUUGUGUUUCUCCCUUCACUUACGCCUGUAUAUUUUGAAGUCAUAGUGUCUGCCCGCACUGUAAACUAUAAUGUUAUACUUGAUUCUCUAUUACUCUUUAAGUGUUACUUUUCAGGACUGGAGUCUUGUGAUGUUAGGGUGAGUGGGUAUGUGGGUGGGUGUAGUUUGGAGGCGGUGUUCUAAACUGUACAUCAAGUUGUUUGCAGAUAUGUUUUGUCUGUGUUUUUCUCUUCACCAUUGGAAACACAGCACUUUUGAAGACCCUGCUUGGACUUUGGAGAAGAUCUCACAAAGUGGAUUUUACAGAAGCCAGGUGGAGAAUAGGUUGUUACUGAUGAAUUGAAAAUGUCUAUUAUUUUUUAUUGUUUUUUGUUUUUUUUUAGCCACCAAAGAUAAAAUCUUUGAUUCUCUGAUAUAAAACAUCAAGUUGUUAUUAGUGUAAAAACAUGAAAUAAAAUUUUAAUAAAUACA